GAGUAUGUCCAAAACCCAAAUUGUAGCCCAUCAUCAUAUUCGUGACAGAUUUUUCUUAUUUCUUUUUCUCUUUAAAAAAUCAUUAAAUUCAUAAGAAAAAUUAAUUCAUCAACCGAAAAGAAACUUAAAUAUUGUGAAGGUGAACAACACAAAAGUUUUAAACAAUUUAUCAAGUCUAAAUUCGAAGCAAAUUUCCAUCAAACAGUUUUUCUAUGUAGGGGAGACAAAAAGAAAAUAAUUAUCUUCACUUCACGUCCGCACCCUUAAUCAAAUCCAAUUCAAUUUUCGACUUUUUCUCUUUGAAAUUAAAUUAUCUUUUAUUUUAGUCCGGACUUAAUGGUGAUUGUUGCUUUUACAAGCUUAUAUUCCCGGUUGAAAAAGUGAAAAUGUUUUAAUUUUUAAUAGCGAAAUCCUCUAGAUGCAUAUUAAAUUUGAUGUGCGGAAGAUCUAAUUUUCUUACCAGGUAAUCGAUAAAGAACAAGUUCGUGUUUAAAGUAAAAUAUACAAAAAUUAAAUACCUAUAGGUUAAUUUAUUUGUCGAAAAGUAGUACGUAAGCAGUGUAAACAAUAAUAUUCCAAUCGCUUUAAAUAAAUAUAAAUACUCAAAGCUAAUUACCUACUUAAGCAAUAAAAAGGUUGUUUUCAAUUGAGAAUAAAAUAUACUUUACUCUACAACACGAUGGGUAUAUAAAUCAAGAUUCUUAAUUCUAUUGCUUAAAUAUUGUUUCUAUAUGAAACUAUAUUGCUUUGCUCAGUAACUGCCAAAAACAACAAAAUUAAAAAUGCCGCUUCCAAAACGUUCUAUUGACCCGGUUCAUGUAGCUCGUUCUGUCUAUCAACAAGAAGAGCUUCAAACGACAGAACUCGAAACAGUUACAAAUACUACACUCACGAACAUAAUUCGACAACUGUCAUCACUUUCCAAACAUGCUGAAGACAUAUUUGGGGAGCUUGCUCGUGACGUUGGUAAUAUCGGAGAUCGAGCAAACUCCCUUCAAGCUAGAAUAGAUAGACUAGCGAUCAAAGUAACCCAAUUGGACAGCAAUGUCGAAGAAGUCCCUUUAACUGAUAUUCAACGCAAGAAAGCAUUUAAAUCAGCUAAAGUAUUUGAUCAGCAAAUAUUUUCAAGGAACACAAUGCCAACUCCAAUGUUAGAAACUUACUCACAAUGUGAUAAGCCACCACCUUUAGACAAGCUGAAUGUGUACAGAGACGAUGGAAAGGAUGGCCUGAAGUUCUACACAGAUCCGAAUUACUUCUUCGAAUUGUGGCGGCAAGAAAUGCUCAAAGACACCGAACGAGUAAUGCAUGACAAGGGCAGAAAAAUGCAUCGACCUCGCCAGGAGGGUGGCAGUGGAAGUGGUGGCGGUGGAGCCCGGGGUCAUAAGAAGAGGGUUCGCAUUCCACACAAUACGCGCGAGAAGCAACGGCAAUUAGUAAUUGGACAUGGAGAAACUCUUAUGCCGAAUAAUGUAAUAUAUAGGACACCAAAUUCAGUUAUAACUGAUGAAUCAGGUUAUAGCAGCAUGGGGAUUUAUGAAUCUAGACCGGCUCGUCCAAAUUCAAUUGAAUUGCGGCGCAGUUAUCCUACAGACACCGUUGACAUGUACGAUCCAUUAACACCACACUCUGCAGCAUCGGCAAUGAUGAACAAUGGAAACGGAAUGAAUGCUCAAAAUCAACAACACCAAAUACAACAGCAAAUGCAGCAGUAUGAUGAAGGUGCUUAUAGUUCCCAGACCCUAUAUGGGCAAGCAAAUCAAAGUUCUAUGUCAUCAGAAGUCAUUUACGCCGCUGGAACACCAUCUCGAACGAAACCUCGCCCAUCGCAACCACCACCAGCACCACCCUCUAACGGAAGUGGCACUGGUACACCGAAUACAUCGAAUGCCAACACUCCAACACGUGGAAGGAGUAUGUCAACUAGCCGAGAUGCUCUACCACCACCACCACCAAUUCCAGAUGGUAUGACAUCUCCCACACUGGGUACACUUAAUGGCAGUAAUGUUGCGGUCAAAUUAUUGGGUCGUACCAAUAGCACUUCGAGAGUAAGCUCUCCCCAAUUGGCGCCUAGUAGUAGUGUUCAAGAUGCUAAUGCAUUGGUGAUGGCCCAAUUGAGCAACCAGAUUAACAGUUUCAAUAAUAACGGAAUUAUAAAUUCACAAAAUGAUCUACCACCACCUCCGCCAAUUCCAGAUCAGAAUCUACCAAAACUGUUACAACCAGCUCCGCCACCACCGCCUCCUCCACCACCAGUUGAGGCUCAGACACCUCAUCAAAUUUUGAAACCAAUUGCUAAUGGUGACAUUCCAACAGCCAUAAAGAGCUCUUGUCACAUUGUUGGGGCUAAGAAGCUACUUCCACCAUAUCAUGAUACGAGAAACGAUUUGAUGAAAGCUAUUCGAGAUGGUAUUACUUUACGAAAGGUUGAGAAAUCAGAACAAAAAGAAAUCGAACGCAAUACAGCAUUACACGAUGUAGCAUCGAUUCUUGCCAGACGAGUUGCAAUUGAAUUAUCUGAAUCCGAAGAUUCUGAAAGCGAAGACGACAGCGAAGGUUGGGUUGAGCCCAAUGAGACAUCCGCCUAAAACAAGCUUUGAUAAAUAUUCAACUGAAUAGAAAUGUAUCCAAUUAAAAAUGUUAUUAAAUAUAUUAAAAAUAAAAGAAGAAAUUCAUAAGUAGUAUUCAAAAAUAAACAUACAUAUUUCAAAAUGUUGAACAUUUUGAUUGAACGCAAUUUAUAUACAUGCAUAAAUAAUUUCUACAUUAACAAUAUUUAAAUAAUAUAUUUAUUGCACUAUUUAAUUGUUCGCUUGUUAUAUAUACAUAUAUAAAUUUUAUAUUAUUUAUAUGUGUAUAUAUUUAAUGCGAAUAUACAAAAAUAAAAAAACAAUAAAAUCUUUUUAAAUAAUUAUUCAAGCAAAUAAUAUAUUAG